AGAUAUUUGUUAUUUUAGAUGAAGGGUAAAAUGGUCAUAUAAUAUUAAAGUGUUACCAAGGCAACCGGAUUUUCUUCUCAGGGCACUCUCUGUGGAUAACUCAAAAGAAAUUCGGUAAGGUUGUGGAAUUUCUAUUUUCCUUUCAUUUUCUUUUCUUCUCGUUUCUUCCUAUUUCUUCUUAUCUUUCUUCUUUCUUCUUCUCUCUUUUCCCUUCUUCUCUGUUCUUCUUCUGUUCUGUUCGAUGUGAGAGUUACGAGUCAGAUUUCAUCGAGGGAAAUCAACUGGUAGUAUUCAUAGAUGAUUUAGAAGAUGGGGUGGUCGUUAAUUGUGAAAUAGAAGAACUAGGGUUUAAUUACCUUGUGGAUCGUUAAUUGAGUUAUUGAUUGAGAGAUUGAAGAAUGAAAUUCGGUGAACACAAUAUAAAGAAGAAGAUUGAGUAUUUGAUGUGUGAGUUUUUAAUGAAGAUUGGAGAAUCUAGGGUUUCUGUUCAUCCCCAAGACAAAUAUUAGGGUUCUUGCAUGCAAUUAAAUCAAGUGACUGAAACUGGAAUUGAGGUUUUGGGGGAGAGAUUAGAGAUGGGUAAAUGUUUAAUUGAAGUUUUGAAGUGAAUCCAGUGAUGUAUCGGAAAAUUUGGGUUAAGGUUUAUGUAUUAUCUUUUUGAACUUUUUUUGGAUAAGGAUUAAGAAGAAAUUAACAGAUGGGUUUGUCCUUAAUUGAUGAUGGUUGAAGCUAUGAGCUGAGGAAGAUGAUUCAAUCAAAGAAUCAGAGACGCAUUUUGGUGUUGAGGAUAAUCAAGUUUAGAAAUAAGUUUCUUUGAGGUAAGUGUUAUCUGAGUUGAUUUAGUAAAGUUAUUUAUUUUAAUGAUUAAGUAUAUGCAAUUGGUAAUUGAGUUAAGAAUGGUUGGGUGUUUGAGUAGAUGUCGUAUGAAUGGGGAUUAUAGAUAGCGGCGGUGUUAUUAUUGUUGUUGUGUGUUGUAGAAUGCAGGGGAGGAAUUGGAGGUUUGUUCUGGUUCACAGAGAGUUGGGAUGAAUUUGGUGGAUGGUUGUUAUCUGAAUUGAGAAUUAUAUUAAUGUUGUAAGAGUUGUAUUCGGAGCUGAAAUGCGUGUGUUUGGAACUGGAGGUACAGGUGGAGAAGUGGUGAACUAUUAUGAUGAAUGUUACAUGGGCUAAGUGGUUGCAGUUCAUGGGAAUAGAAUUAAUGAUUGAGAGGAGACGUAGCAGUGAUUGGAUUGUAGAUUUAGAGUGUCUGGUGCUAUGUGGAUUGUUGGUUUAAGCAUUAUAGCCGGAGUUGUAACUACAGAGAUGAAGUGCGAGUUGUAAUGUGUUUUCAGGUGCAUCUAUGGAGUGGGUUGAAGUUCUGGUGGUGGGUUUGAGUAUAGGAUGGAUGUUAUAGAAGUGUAUCUAGAUAUGAAGUUGCAGUUAGAUAUACUUUAAAAUGGAUUUGGUAAUGAGUUGGUUAAUACAGGGUUGGGGUUAUGGUUAUAUAAUUUUAAUUGUGAGUGAUGGUGAUGAACUGAAAUGGGUUGUUUCGGUUUAUGCUUGAUAUGAGCUGGCACUAAUGUGUAUGAAGGUGGUUGUGUUUUUUUUUUUGAGUUGUUGGGUUAUUUUGAGAUGUAUUUGUUGGUGUUAUUAUGUGGGAGGAUAAAGUUUAAAGGGUUGUGUAGUAGGUGCUUCUAUAAGGAAUGAGUUGGAGGAAUUGUCUAUGGGGAUGUAUCCAGAAUUGGAGUCAUAGAACUAGAGCUUUUGAAUGGUAAGUAUUGUCUAAAAUGAAGUGUUGAAUGUUUGGUCAUGAUAAUGUUUGCAAGUGGUGGUGUAGGGUGUAAAGUUGAAUCUGUAACCAAGUGAGAUUAUUUUAGUUCAGUUAAAUGAGUUGGUGAAAUGAAGAUAUGUUGGAAUGGUGAUUUCAGUGUAGGCUUGCUUAAAGUUGCAACUGCAGAAAUAUCAGUUCGGAAUUCGGAACAAUAUUUAGUGGAGUUCCUGCCAGUUACAUGGACGUCGACAACGCUGCAUUGACAGGAUCAACUGCUACUGGACAAACAAUACUUGGUUUCUCUGUUUUGGAGUCUAGAGGAAAAUUUUCAUCCACUGUAUUUGAAAAUGAUGAUAACGAUAAAUCCGUUAAUCACAAUUUCCGUAAUGUCAAUGGAUGGACUGCACUUCACUGGGUUUCUUUUGAUGGAAGGGAGCAAACUGUUGGUGCUCUAUUAACGUUAGGAGUUGCUCCUAAAACAUUAUCAGGUCCUAGUCCAAAAUUUCUUUCUAAGAGAACACCAGCCGAUCUUGUUUCUGCCAACAGACGCAAAGGAAUUGUUGAUUACUUGGCAGAGUAUUUCUUCACCACCCAUCUUCCUACGUUUGCCUUGAAGGGAAGAGAAGAAGAUGGCUUUUUAGAGAUCUCCUUCGAUGAGUUUCUAGAGAGCUCCUUAGAUGUGAUAGCUAUACAAAUAUUUUCAGAGCGUAGUCCGACGCCAGACACUGUUGGUAUUCCGGAUUUGUCACUGAAAGAUUCGUUAACUACUCCUUAUAAUGCGAAUCAAGCUGCUACUCACAUUCACCUAGUCUUCAGGGUUCAAUCAUUCCAAAAGAAACAGUUAAAAGAGAUCAUUGAUGAUAAAAUAAGUAUGGCAGAUGAGCGCACCCUAUGUCAUGUGACUAGGAAGUCCAAUAAGUCCAAGCAAACACCGUGUGAUGAUAAACUGGAUCAUUUUCUGUUAUUGAGAAUCCGAAGCAAUCAAGCAGCUCUACAUGAUUUCGUUUUUACGGAUAAUUUCAGCAGCUACUAUGAGAGAGGCAAAGAAAUUUUAAAGUUCAACAAUCUGUGCAACUCAUUUGUGCAGUAUCUCGGCUCAACAAGAAGUUUAUCAAAGUGUGGUACUUUCACAAAACAAGGUCUAAUUAAGCACGUAUAUACUUUUGAGGUUAGUGGUUAUCUCUGGUACUUGCUAGGUACUAAAAUUAAAGAGAACAGACUACUUCUUCUAUUUAGUGGCAACCUGCAUGUUCUUCAUGGUAAGUUACUUGGUCAUGCUCUUGGCAAGUUUGUUGUUGCUAUGGUUCAGUUUACUUGGUCAUCUCAGAAGACAUACAACGAAGAUGAUAACGUUGGUAAUUACUACGAAAGGGGAAAAGUGAUAUCACAGUCAUCAACUUUCGUUGGAUCAAGAGACUAUACAACACUAUGGACAGCUGGACAUCAAGUGCUUUCAUAUGGAAUUUAUUCAUAUUUGUUCGAACCGGAACUAUUGCUACAAAGUGAUAGACAUGACGCUAAUAUCAAGUUUCGAAUGGUGAGCCAUACCUAUGAGAAUUAUGCUCUUCUUAAUGGAGUUUUUGUGGACCUAAUACACAAAGGUUUACCAAGCUUGGUGAAUUAUAGUAUAGAAGCAAAGGUCUACUGUAUUCUAAAACAGCCAAAGCUUGGAGGUGUUUUGACAGGCCAUUUAAAAGUAGUCGUUGACUGGAUUGUUUGGCAUCCUUUAAACAUACUUCAUGCUAUUCCAAGGAGUAAAGAACUACAUGGAAUUCAAAAUAUGUUUUUUUUUAUCGUGGCAAAAGAAAAGAGAUGCAGUUCCAGCUAGGUGAACUUAUUGUGAAAAAUACAUUUUGGAUCAACCAAGUAGAAAUGGAAGUGAAGAAUUUAGUUACAACUACUCGCAAGAUUUGUAGGCCAACUUUUCAGCCGUUAUACAUUGUCCCAAGUCCGUGGAUUACACCAAGAGUUGCGACUUUACUAGAUCACACAGUGGAUGCUAGGCGUUAUGUUGGGGACAGAAGACUUGGUUGGUGGAUUUUAUGCCAAAACUGAUUUUAUUUCUUGGAUCAACAGCCGAACGAGUCGAUUUAUUAUGCUCUAAAAGAAGUAGCUCAGAAGUUGGAAGAUAUACUCGUGGAAGUCGUUGCUGGCAUGAUUCUUAUUAUCAACACCAGUGACGUGAUUUUUGUCUUUGAUCGUGGGAAAUUUAAACACAACUCUUAUCAUUCUUUGAGACAUAUUUCUUGGAUGUUUCGAUUUAUGAUCUCUAGAGCUAUGAGUUUUGUGUUUGAUCGUGGUAAGCUGGUAAAAGUGACAUAUAUCUACAUUUUUCAUGGAGAAAAAAAGCUCGUAUUCACUGCUCGAAGUCUAGAGAAAUAUAUGGAGAGAAUGAAGUUCUUCUUAUUAGCUAACUCGAGGGCGAGUUUCUUUCAAGGAGAGGGUACUGAUGCAGGACAUCUACCUUAUUUCCCAAGUCAUUGUUAUUUCCUUUUUAGUAUUUCUCUUUAUUUAGAACUCUUGUUAUUUUAGUUAUGUAGUAUCCUAUAUAAACAGGCGUACGAUUGUCU